AUGCUCCCCCAAGCUGCAGAAGACUCGGGUGCCGGCGCAGUGGUGACCCGGACGCCGCCUCCUCCCGCCAGCGCGGGGGCUUUUGUUCCUUUCUGUGACGGGACCCAAAGUCCAUCGGGACACAAGGGAGUUAGAGGCCUUGGGUUCCCUGCAGAUGCCUGGCCGGCCUUUGGGCAACGGUCAAACGAGGGCUCCGGGCGGACAAGUUGCAGAGGGCGGGCUGGUGGCCAGCAGGCGCCCCUGCCGCACCCGCACACUACGCGGCAAGGGCCCAGGUCCUCCGGUAGGAGGCGCCCGCCCCGCUCCCGCCCCGCGCCUCCCCUGCCGGGCACUGCUCCGUGGAAGGCGCCAUGGUGGAGCGAGGGAAGGAGACGGGAAGGUGAGCUCAGGGGGAAGCAGGCACGUGAGCACCAGCCCUCCCAGGGUGCCCUCUGCCCACCCCCACGUGCAUAACCCACCAGCAGGCGAGUGUCGUCCAGUGUGGCCAGCUCCUUCCUCGGCAGCAGCGCAGUAGAAGAGCUGCAGG